CCACCCCCUUUUAUCUCCUUCUUUCUCUUGUUCCCUAUCUUUCUCCUUUUUUUUUCCUGUUCCUUAGACAAAGCAACAACUUUGACUUUUCUCUUUUUUCUUUUCUUUUUUUCCAAAGAAUUAUAUCAUGUCAUCUUCAUCGUUAAACGUUGAUCCUGUAGUCUCUUCGCAUCAAACUUCUUUGGAAGGAUAUGUCGGCUUUGACACAAUUACCCAACAAAUUGAAAAGAAAUUGUUAAAGAGAGGAUUUCAAUUCAAUGUGAUGGUUGUUGGUCAAUCCGGUUUGGGAAAAUCUACUCUUGUCAACACUAUCUUUGCUUCUCAUCUGAUUGAAAGCAAAGCACGUCUUUCUGCUGAUGAGCCACCUAGACAAACAACUGAAAUUCAAACUGUGUCUCACUUGAUUGAAGAAAACGGAGUACGUCUUAGACUAAAUAUUGUGGAUACCCCUGGUUAUGGAGACCAAGUCAAUAAUGAGAAUUGUUGGGAGCCCAUUAUUAAAUACAUCAAGGAUCAACAUUCUGCUUAUUUGCGUAAGGAAUUGACUGCUACCCGUGAUCGUUACAUUCAAGAUACCAGAGUUCAUUGUUGCCUGUUCUUUAUUGGUCCUACAGGACAUGCUUUAAAGCCUAUUGAUGUGGUUGUUCUUAAAAAAUUAUCUGAAGUAGUUAAUGUUGUACCUGUCAUUGCCAAAUCAGAUUCUCUUACUAUUGAAGAACGCCAGGCUUUUAAGCAAAGAAUUAAGGCAGAACUUGUUUUCCACAAUAUCAAGUUAUAUCCUUAUGAAAGUGACGAGGACGAUGAACAAGAACAAGCUUUGAAUGAAAGCAUUCGAGAGUUACUUCCCUUUGCCAUUGUUGGUUCUGAAAGAAAUGUAGUGAUUGAUGGAAGACCCGUCAGAGGAAGAAAGAAUAGAUAUGGUGUGAUUAAUGUUGAAAAUGAAGAACACUGUGAAUUUAUUUAUUUGCGCAAUUUCUUGACCCGUACUCAUCUUCAGGAUCUGAUUGAAACAACAGCUCAAAUUCAUUAUGAAGCCUUCCGUGCCAAACAACUUUUGGCUAUUAAAGAAUCGACUCAACCUGGUACCAAUCCUCUUGGAAGUGGUGUUCCUUCCAAUACUAGUCCUAAUAGUCUAGUCAGUAACUCACUUGCCAUUCCAGGCUCAGCUAUGGGAAGUCCUGCUCAAUCCACUAAAUCUGUUCCUGCCUUUGGCUAAUCAUAUCAUUAAUAAAUUUCCGUGUUUCCAUUUUUUUUUGCCCUGAA